CUGUCAGCCUUCUUAAAGAUUUGCUUAUCUUACCUCAGAUGACAGUAACUGGAGCUGAAAGUUCCGGAGCUUCGUUUGGCCCAAAAGAUUCAAAAACUCCACGUUAUUGUGCUACGCAUAAGCCAGUUGGUUAUGUUAACGUAAAGACACAGUGUCAAGAAGAUGGCUGUUAUAAGUUUCCUCAUUUCGGUUUCUCUGACUCAAAAGCAACUUCAUGCGUCACUCAUAUGAAAGAAGGAAUGAUUCACUUAAGGGUCAGAAAAUGCUUAGAACCUGGAUGUAUUACACGCGUGGUUUUUAAUGUUGUUGGCUCAGAUAAGGGCAAAUUCUGCGCUAAACACAAAAAACCAGAAAUGAUUGAUAUCCAAACUAAAAUUUGUAAAUAUCCGGGAGAAAGUGCGCACACUCAGAUUGUUAUACUCGUCCUUAUUUUAAUGUCUCGGGAAAAACACAAGGCCAAUACUGCGCUAGACACAAAACAGCUGAAAAAAGUGCACGUUUUUGCGAAGCCCACCGAAACCCUGAAAUGGUUAAUGUUGUUGGCCCGAAGUGUAAUAAUAUUAAUUGUCAAAAAAGAGCACUAUAUGGAAUACCUGGUUAUAAAAUGUCACGAUGCUUCACACAUAAAGACAAAGGUGCGAAAACACUCCACAGAUAAUAUGGUUGAUCUAGUCCAAAAAAUAUGUUCUAAUUGUGGAUUGCUUGAUAUCCUUUUGCAGGAUCAAAAGUGCGCUGAUUGUAGCACUUAUGCUAAAGCGAAAGCAAGAGUACAAGCGUACGAUUCCAUUGUAGAAGAUGGUGUGUGUUCAAAAAAGCGUCCAGACUUUGUCAUUGAUGCAGACACACAUAAAGUUGUACUGGAAGUAGAUGAGUAUCAACACAAGAAAGGGGAAUAUAACUGUGAGGUAAAAAGAAUGUGGGAUAUUGCGCAAGCACUUGGCAUCCCUACUCUCUUUAUUCGCUAUAAUCCUGAUAGUUACAGAAUGUUCAACGGAAUUACAAAGGAUAGUAAUGAUAGGAAGAGAAAACAAGAAUUGUUAAUGUGCUUGAGCGAUGCAGUAAAAUCGCCACCUGCUGAAGAAUCACAAUUCCUUCGAGUUGUCUAUCUGUUCUAUGAUGGAUACGAUAGCACUAAGUACAAGAUAACGACUAUACCAGAAGUUUGGUUCAAGAAUGAAAUACAUGAAAAAGCAGAUAAAGCAUUAUGA